CGCCCUCAGCUCCAGCUUCGCCCACUCCCCGACCCGGACGGGCUGGGCGCGGGGAAGGCCUGCGGGAGCCAUGGAGGACGAGGUGGUCCGUAUUGCCAAGAAGAUGGACAAGAUGGUGCAGAAGAAGAACGCGGCUGGAGCAUUGGAUUUACUGAAGGAGCUUAAGAAUAUUCCCAUGACCCUGGAAUUAUUACAGUCCACAAGAAUUGGAAUGUCAGUAAAUGCUAUUCGCAAGCAGAGUACAGAUGAAGAAGUUACAUCUUUAGCAAAGUCUCUCAUCAAAUCCUGGAAAAAAUUGUUAGAUGGACCAUCAACAGAUAAAGACCCCGAAGAAAAGAAAAAAGAUACUGCAAUUACAUCACAGAAUAGCCCUGAAGCAAGAGAAGAAAGUAGUUCCAGUGGCAAUGUAAGCAGCAGAAAGGAUGAGACAAAUGCUCGAGAUACUUAUGUUUCAUCUUUUCCUCGGGCACCAAGCACUUCUGAUUCUGUGCGAUUAAAGUGUAGAGAGAUGCUUGCCGCAGCUCUCCGAACGGGAGAUGACUACGUCGCUAUUGGAGCUGAUGAGGAAGAAUUAGGAUCUCAGAUUGAGGAAGCUAUAUAUCAAGAAAUAAGGAAUACAGACAUGAAAUACAAAAAUAGAGUACGAAGUAGGAUAUCAAAUCUUAAAGAUGCUAAGAAUCCAAAUUUAAGGAAAAAUGUGCUGUGUGGAAACAUUCCUCCUGACUUAUUCGCUAGAAUGACAGCAGAGGAAAUGGCUAGUGAUGAACUCAAAGAGAUGCGGAAAAACUUGACCAAAGAAGCCAUUAGAGAGCAUCAGAUGGCCAAGACGGGUGGAACCCAGACUGACUUAUUCACAUGUGGCAAAUGUAAAAAGAAGAAUUGUACUUACACACAGGUACAAACUCGUAGUGCUGAUGAACCAAUGACAACGUUUGUUGUCUGCAAUGAAUGUGGAAAUCGAUGGAAGUUCUGUUGAGUUGGAAGAAAUGGCAAAAUGUCUGGACCAUUAAAAAAUGGAUUUUGUAAUUAGCUUUAAAACUAGGCCAAAAAAUAAAAAAAUAAAAAAAAAUAAAUAAAAUAAAACUAGGCCAAACAUCUAGUUUUCCUGCAAAUCAGAUUUUUAAAGUAACAUACAUCCCUUGGGUUAGUCUUGGUUUUGACAUAGCAUUCCUUCCUAUUAAAUGCCUUCUGUAGUUUCAGAUCAGUAGGGAGACCACAUAAUUAUAUCUGUUUCAGAACAUUUUUUUUUUCAUUUUUAUAGUAAGUCAAUGUUAAACUUUUGUCAAUUAGACUUUUGGCAAUUUAUUUUUACCUUUUUUUUUUCUUUUAAAAGGAAAAUAUACCUUAACUUUUUUACAGUCCAAAACAUAUGCAGUAGUAAUAUUGUUCUUCUCAGUUAAUACAUAAAUGGAAAUUACUUUUUUUUCCCCCAUAUUGGCACGUACCUACAAAUUGUAAAGGAGGAGAAAAGGUAACUUAAGUUUAUUAAGUGUGGUGUGUAUUCAGAUAAUACUUGACCAGCUUAUCUAAAUUGUACAUAAUAUUUGAACUAGCCUAUGAGAUUGAUCUUAAUUAUUAUGUUCACAAGUCUGGGAUAAUUAGAUAUUAUUUUACAUUUGUAACUAACCAUGAUAAUCAUUUCUUGUAAUUUCUUGUACAUGUUUAUGACUUGUUCUUAAUAGAUUUUACUUUUGGAAACAUGACUUUGUUGAAAUGAGUUUGGUUUUGUUGUUUAUUUACCUGUUUGAUUUUGUAGUGUAUUUUAGUUUUGCAGAACACUGUUGUAGUUUACUAGAUUUUUCAUACAUCCCAGCAUAGGCAAUGAAUGAAAACCUGUGACUAUUUUUCCCCCUCAUGGGAAGUCAUACCUGGGAAGAAAAUGUUAGCAUUUUAGUAUAGUAGUUACUGCGAACAGUUCAUGACUUGAUUUUGAUUUGGAAAUGUUUACUGACCAAGGAUUAAGUUUAAGGACUAUAUAAAUCAUUAGCGCUGUGGUCUUUCCAUAUGGAGGUUGAUAGAAAAUAUUUUUUUGAGUCGAAUUUGCUUUUUCUGUUACACAAUGAAUGAGGUGGUUCAACAAACUGAGUAUAUGGGCUAUAACGCAAUUGGGUUUACAGUACAAAUUUUAUAAUUAAAUUUUCUUUUUUACAUGUGUACCAUUUGUUUUGUUAGGAAUAAGAAGAAAUGAUUUUCACAUAGGUUCCUUAGGGUACACUUGCACAUCUUAAAGGCCACUUUUACGAAGCCCACAUUUUAUCAUGCUAAAUCUAUGUUCUGUCAGACUCCUAUAGGAAAACUUAAGUACAUGCUUUGCACUCCUCUUUGCUACCUUUUCCCACUUUUUUUUUAAUGCAAAUCAAUUCGAUAUAAUACAGAAAGCAACAUUAAGGUUCAUGUUAGGACCCCUUAUAUGAACAUUGGUCCACUGGUACCAUCCUGUAUCUACUUUGUCAGUUCACAGAUUAACCUUUAUCACUUGAAAAAUAAAGUGCAUUUUUGGAAGAAUCAAAGUAAAAUAGUCCCACUUUUAAAUUAAGUGAUCCAUUUUUAAAUUUGUAAUUCAAUAAAGUUUGUUAUUAAAGAUG